AUGCUCUACAACACCGACAUCACCUCCCUAAUCCGCGACACCGAAGCCCAUGAACGCGCCCUCUUCUCCGUACCCCCACCCCCACCACCGAUAACAACAUCAUCAUCCUCCGCACAAAACCAAGAAGCGAAACCCACUACCUCCCGCCGCCAAACCGUCUUCAACGUCGCUUCGGGCGAAGUCACCACCGGUCCCCCGCCAGGAACCUCUCGCGCAGCAGGCGGCGGCGGUAUAGGCGGGCCCCGCCGGCACACCGCCGUCUCCGCCGUCCUGGGAGGCGACCUCCACGCCCAGCUGCGGCGCGGCGAGCGCCAGGCUGCGAGUAAAGGAGGCGAUGUCGACGUCGAGGUUCUCUUGCAGGGCGCAACGAAGCUGUGCGGCGUGUAUGCUCUCCCCGGCGCCCUCGAGCGCAUCCCGCAGCUGAGGUCGCGGUACGCGCACCAGACGAACACAUUGGCGUACUACGAGGCCAAGGUUGCCGAGAACCAGGCCGCGGUGGAGAGGAUGAAUAAGGAUCACUGGAUGGGGGAGGGCGACGACGAGGAUUUUGAUGACGAGGGGGAUGAGGAGGAAGAGGCGGGCGAGGAUGUCAUGACAGAAGAGGAUCUUCGGGCCGAGGAGGAGUUUGUGAGGGAGCUUGAUAAGAAGAAGCGGGAAUUGCAGCAGCGUUUACGGGCGAUGGAAAAGGAUUUGGGAGCAUUGUUAAACAUGUGA